CAUCUGUGUACCCCUCGCAUGGCAAGCGGUAUGGUCCAGCCUCUGAGCCCCUCACGGAGCGCUGCCAGGGUGCAGUAGGCAGAGCAUUUCUUCUCCGUUCCAGCGCCAGGACCCUGCAGCCUGUGACCUUGGAGCCGCAGGGGCUGCAUCGUUAGAGUUACCAAGAGCAGAGGGCCAGGACUUCCGCGGCUUUAAUAAGGGAAUGUUCAGGACUUAUCUUUGCCCCAGUGCCUGAACCUGGAAUCUGGAAUCUGGAAUCUGGAAGGGCUGGUUGACCUGGCCUCUGCGAGCCCCUGGCUUGCUUGUCUCCGAGCAGGCAUGACAACAGGGCUGGUGCUGCUGAGUGACUGCCUGAGGCAGACCUCUGCAUUAUGACCCGGCUGCUCGGCUACGUGGACCUCUCGGAACCCCACUUUGUGGCUGCCGUCCUUGCCAUUGUCUUCAAUCCACUCUUCUGGAAUGUGGUCGCGAGAUGGGAACACAAGACCCGAAAGCUGAGCAAGGCCUUUGGGUCCCCCCGCCUGGCCUGCUACACCCUGGGUGGGGCCAUCCUGCUCCUGAACAUCCUGCGCUCCCACUGCUUCACGCAGGCCAUGCUAAGCCAGCCCCGGAUGCAGAGCCUGGACAACCCCGCGGCCUACCACGUGGGCCUGGCGCUCCUGGGAGUGGGCGGCGUGUUCGUCUUUUCCAGUUUCCUGGCGCUGGGCUUCACCGGGACCUUCCUAGGUGACUACUUCGGGAUCCUCAAGGAGGCCAGAGUGACCAUGUUCCCGUUCAGCGUCCUGGACAACCCCAUGUACUGGGGCAGCACAGCCAUCUACCUGGGCUGGGCCAUCGUGCAUGCCAGCCCCACCGGCCUGCUGCUGACCGCGGUGGUGGCACUCAUCUACAUGGUCGCCAUCCUGUAUGAGGAGCCCUUCACCGCCGAAAUCUAUCAGCAGAAAGCCUCCCAGGCCUGUAAGAGAAGCUGACGGCUGCGGCCACUCCGUGAGAGUUCCCACCUCAGGCCUGCCCCAAGCACAGGCCCCUUGAGGGGGAGAGCGGUGCUUGGCGAGGACUGUCCAGUGCCUUGAAAACACGGCUUGAGGGCUCUGGACAGGCGCCUUGUGGCCCCAGAGCCCCCUGCCCUGCUGCCCACCUUGUCCUGACUAAUAAAAGGCGCCUGACCCAUC